AUGCGGUGCCGGCCUCCAGGCCCCAGCGCAGCGGGCGGCCCCCACAGCCGCUGCCCGGCUUUCCUUCGGGAUACACGGAUCCAAGCGGGAUCAACGGGGCUUCCUCCCUGCCCAUCUCCGGACCCCGGAGCGCGGCAAUGUCUAUCGCGACUCUGUCCCGACUCCCGCGCUGAGGAGGGAGGGGGCCGAGCGCCGGUAUCGCGACAUCCGGCUCGCCGGCAGUGGCGUGUACAUUUCAGAGUUCACCCAAUAAAGGUCCUAAAGCUCCUUCACAGGACGGAGGACGUGGAAGGGCCGGGAACGGCGGCACCGGAGCUGCCCUCAACCGGCACCGGGGCGCCCGGGCCGCGGUUACCUCAGGGGCUGAGCGAGGGGCGGGGCUUCCCCUCAGGGGAGCGGGCAAGGGGCGUGGCCUCCGAGAACGGGCGGGUUUUCCCUGGUCACGUGACGCCGCUUCCUCUCCCGCAUUGGGUCUCUCUCCCCGCCUCCCGCCGGUGUCCCGGUGGGCGGAAGCGCGGUGACGCACUACCGGCGGGGCUCGGGGCCGACAUGGCGGACGAGGUGCUGGGUAGGACCGGAGCGCUGGUGCUCGGUGAGGCCCGGCGGCGGGCGGACGGUGGGCGGUGGGCGGGAGGGAGAGCGAGCGCCCGCCGUGCUCUGAGGGCUUUCGGAGCCGUUCGGUCCCUCCCGGAGAUGAUCGGAGCCGCUCGGUGCUCUUCGGAGCGCCUCGGGAACCUUCGGCUCGGCAGCGCGCUCCUCGGGCCGGGGGGAAGAUGGCGGCGGGCGCCGCGGCGGUUGCGGCCGAGGGAGCUCUGUGGUAGCGGGGCUGCGGCCUUAGGGCGGGAGGGAGCGGGGGUGAGCGGAGGAGGCCUCCAGGCCCGUGUGGGCCCGGUUCCUCUCCUGCUAACGGGGCCGGGCCCCGUUCCAGAGGAGCUUUACGUGUCCGACCGCGAAGGCAACGAUUGCAGCGGGGACGGGACCCAGAAGAAGCCGUUCAAGACGGUUCUGAAGGCGCUGCUGACCGCGGGCAAGGAGCCGUUCCCCACCAUCUACGUGGACUCGCAGAAGGAGAACGAGCGAUGGGCCAUCAUCUCCAAGUCGCAGAUGAAGAACGGCAAGAAGCUGUGGCACCGGGAGCAGAUGAGGAGCGAAGCCAAGGAGAGGAAGGAGGCAGAGGAUCUCUUGAGGAGGGAGAAGAACCUGGAGGAGGCCAAGAAGGUUGUGAUCAAGAACGACCCCAGGCUCCCGGAGCCAAAAUGUGUGAAGAUCUCUGCCCUGGAGGCUCACAGGGGCCAGCGGGUGAAGGUGUUUGGCUGGAUUCACCGCCUGAGGAGGCAGGGGAAGAACCUGAUGUUCGUUGUGCUGAGGGACGGCACUGGUUUCCUGCAGUGCGUGCUGGCGGAUGAGCUGUGCCAGUGUUACAACGGGCUGGUUCUCUCCACGGAGAGCAGCGUUGCAGUGUAUGGAACGCUGACCCUCGUUCCCAAAGGGAAGCAGGCUCCGGGUGGCCACGAGCUCAACUGUGACUACUGGGAGCUCAUAGGGCUGGCCCCAGCGGGAGGAGCCGACAACGUCCUCAACGAGGACUCGGAGGUGGACGUGCAGCUCAACAACAGGCACAUGAUGAUCCGAGGGGAGAACAUGGCCAAGAUCCUCAAGGUGCGCUCCACGGUGGUGCAGGCCUUCAGGGACCACUUCUUUGCCCAUGGCUACUACGAGGUCACGCCACCAACGCUGGUGCAGACCCAGGUGGAGGGGGGCUCCACUCUCUUCAAGCUGGAUUACUUUGGGGAAGAGGCCUUCCUGACCCAGUCCUCCCAGCUCUACCUGGAGACCUGCAUCCCGGCCCUGGGGGACGUGUUCUGCAUCGCCCAGUCCUACAGAGCCGAGCAGUCCCGCACCCGCAGGCACUUGGCAGAGUACACCCACAUCGAAGCCGAGUGCCCCUUCAUAAGCUUCGAGGAGCUCUUGGAGCGACUGGAGGACCUGGUGUGUGACGUGGUGGACAGGGUCCUGAGGUCCCCUGCAGCUGCUUUGCUCUAUGACCUGAACCCGGGAUUCCAGCCCCCGAAGCGUCCCUUCCGACGGAUGACCUACAGCCAAGCCAUCGAGUGGCUCAAGGAGCACGACGUCAAGAAGGAGGACGGCACUCACUAUGAGUUUGGAGAGGACAUUCCCGAGGCUCCGGAGAGGCUGAUGACGGACACCAUCGCGGAGCCCAUCCUGCUGUGCCGCUUCCCUGCCGAGAUCAAGGCCUUCUACAUGCAGCGCUGCCGCGACGACCCCCGCCUCACCGAGUCCGUGGAUGUGCUGAUGCCGAACGUCGGGGAGAUCAUCGGGGGCUCCAUGCGCAUCUGGGACAGCGAGGAGCUGCUGGGGGGGUACAAGAGGGAGGGCAUCGACCCCGGCCCGUACUACUGGUACACGGAUCAGAGGAAGUACGGGACCUGCCCCCACGGCGGCUACGGCCUGGGCCUGGAGCGCUUCCUCACCUGGAUCCUCAACCGGCACCACAUCAGGGAUGUGUGUCUGUACCCCCGCUUCGUCCAGCGCUGCAAACCCUAG